AAAACAUAGGGAGCGAAGAAUCGACGGUAGUAAAAACAAAAAAACUCACGAAGGUUUCGUCUUUCAGAGCAAGAAGAAGAGCGAGCGAGCGACAGAGCACAAGCAAAAAUAUAGCGCAGAAAAAAUAGAAUAGGAAGAAAAGAGGCAUAUAAAAGAAGAGAUUUUCAUUCUCUUGAGCUCUUAUUUUCUUGUGAUUUGUCUUGAGUAGAAAGUUUCUCUUUUAAAACAAUUCACAGCUUUUGCAGAGAACAUAUCGUCGCCGAUCUGCUGACUUCGCUCAGCAAUUUUCCUGGGUCAUCUUCUCGGGGUUGGAAUUGGAGGCAAAGAGAAUUGAAUUGGUUACGCCGUGAUGAGCAUCAACAGCCCUGGGAAAGGGAAAAGCUAGGGUGUUUUUCUUUUUUUUAUUAAAACGCGAAAAAGUGGAGGAUUUCCAUGGGCGAUGGAGGUGUGGCAUGCUUGCCUUUGCAGCAACAGCAGCAACAUAAUAGUAUUAUGGAGAGGUUCCCAAUUUCAGACAAAACCAUUUGCGUAGGCAAUAACAACAAGAAGACUAAUAACAACAAUGCUACUAGCAGCAGCAGCUGCUGCAAUAAUAAUGAUAGCAACAACGGCAGCAGCAAUAACAACGAUACCAACAACAGUAGCAACAAAAAAAACGGGGUCACCUCCAAGACAGUUAAAAAGAAGAUAGUGAAGAUAAAAAAAAUUGUUUCUGUGAAGAAAAAAGAGGUGCAGAAGAAUAGUGUUAGCAAUAAUGUUGAGGUCGUUGAAAAUGGUGGCGGUGCUGGUUCAGGGGAUAGAGAUAGUGUUGAUAAAGCUAAGGUGAAGAGCGAGGAAGUUGAAGAGGGUGAGUUGGGUACUUUGAAGUGGGAGAAUGAUGACUUUGUGCAACCAGAGAAAUCACAGUCACAGUCACAGUUACAGUUGCAGUCACAAUCACAAUCGCAGUCACAGUUGAAGCGAAGUGAAACUGAGAAGGUAGAGAUUAUUGUUUCAACUCAAAAAUGGCGGAGAGGAGAGACUGAAAGGGGAGAAUUUGGGUUGUGGAGAGGCAACAAAGAUGAUAUUGAGAAAGGCGAGUUCGUUCCCGACAGAUGGCAUAAAGGAGAAUCGGUUAAAGAUGACUAUGGUUACAAGUCUCGUAGAUAUGAUUCAAAGCUGGAACGUACACCACCAUCUGGGAAGUACUCAAGUGAGGAUGCUUAUAGAAGGAAAGAGUUCGAAAGGAGUGGCAGUCAGCAUAGCAAGAAUGCUACCAGGUGGGAGACUGGUCAAGAUAGGAAUGUAAGGAUCAAUUCCAAGAUUGUGGAUGAUGAAGUUUUUUACAGGGGUGAGUACAACAAUGGAAAGAACCAUGGACGAGAGUACUGUCCUGGAAAUAGGUUGAAACGGCAUGGUGCUGAUUCAAAUAGUGGUGAGCAAAAGUAUUAUGCCGAUUAUGGAGAUUUUGCAUCUUCAAAAAGUAGAAGGCUCUCAGAUGAUUAUAACACCCGCACCAUUCAUUCAGAGCACUAUUUACGCAAUUCUGUGGAGAGGUUUAAUCGGAAUUCCUCCUCAUUGAGGGUCUAUUCAUCUGACAAGUAUUCAUCCAGGUAUCACGAAUCUUCUUUAUCUUCCAGAGUGGUUUAUGAUAGGCACGGACGUGGCUCAGGUCAUUCUGAGCGGUCACCUCGUGACAGGGGUAGGUACUAUUAUUACCGGGACAGGAGCCCUGGUCGUCAUGAUGGAUCCCCUUACACUCGGGAUAGAUCCCCUUAUGCUCGAGAUAGAUCCCUGUAUGCCAGAGAGAAAUCUCCUUAUGCCAGAGAGAAAUCUCCAUAUGCCAGUGAGAAAUCCCCAUAUGAUCGAAACCACCACUAUGAUCAUAUAAUCCGAAGUCCUAUUAGUGCAGAUCAGUCCCCACAGGGUCGAGUUCAGCUUUCUGAUUGCAGGGAUCAGACACCUAAUUAUCUGGAUCAGUCCCCACUUGAUUGGAAUAGGCCCAAUAAUCACCAUGAAGCAAAUCGCAAGAGUGGAGCUAGUGAGAAAUGUAACUCUCAGUUUGAUAGUAAAGGGCAGGAGGAUAAGCUGGGCCAAAAAGAUAUUCAUGUACGUUCUUCACAUUCAUCUGCAAAAGAAUCCCUAGAUAAAAUCAAUGUGGAAGAUCUUAAUGUUCCAGAUGAGAAGAAUGCUAAAUGUGAGUCUCACAAAGAAGAGCCAUCCCAGAGUUCUAAUGGAAAUUGCAGAGAAUCUCCACAUGUUGAUGGACCUCCUGUAGACGAGCUGCUUUCUAUGGAGGAAGACAUGGAUAUAUGUGACACACCACCUCAUGCCCCUACAGUGGUUGAUUCAUCCACAGGGAAGUGGUUUUACCUUGAUCAUUAUGGCUUCGAAUGUGGACCUUCAAAAUUAUGUGAUCUUAAGGCACUUGUGGAGGAAGGACUUCUUGUGUCAGAUCACUUUGUCAAGCAUUUGGAUAGUGAUCGGUGGGUAACUGUUGAAAAUGCAGUUUCGCCUCCUGUCUCUGCCAGUUUCCCAUCUAUUGCAUCUGAAGUUGUAACUCAACUAGUCAACCCCCCAGAAGCUCCUGGUAACCUGUUGGUAGAUACUGGAGAUAUUGUGCAACCAAGAGGUGAGGAAUCCCAGGUUUCUGUGUGUGGCCCAGAUGACGGUGCACCUGCACCUGAAUCUAUAGAAGAUCUAAACAUUGAUGUGCGUAUUGAAACUCUCUUAGAGGGAUUUACUCUUGUUCCUGGCAAUGAAAUCAGGACACUUGGAGAAAUCUUGCAGACGGAGUUUGAGCCAGUGGAAUGGCAAAACUGUGGAGGUUUCACUUUGCAUGGAGCUUGUAUGGGGGAUCAAGAAAAAAAUGAUAAAAAGGCAGAUUAUUUUUCUAGAUAUUCCGACAGCAAGUUGAAAGAAGCUACUGAAUUCAAUUUAGGUGUUUCUGACAAGGAUAGGCUUGCCUGUUUUGACUCUGAUGAUUGGUUUUCUGGCCGAUGGUCAUGCAGAGGUGGGGACUGGAAGAGGAAUGAUGAAGCUGGCCAGGAUAAAGUUUCCAGAAAGAAACUUGUUCUAAACAAUGGUUUCUCACUGUGCCAGAUGCCAAAGUCUGGGUUUGAGGAUCCUCGGUGGCCUCAUAAGGAUGAUUUGUAUUAUCCUUCUCAAAGCAAAAGGCUUGGCCUUCCUCUUUGGGCAUUUUCCUGCACAGAUGAAAGGAAUGAUGGUAGUAGCAUAAGCAGGUCUGCUCAGACUAAACCUGCUCCAUCAAGGGGAGUGAAGGGAACCAUGCUUCCAGUUGUCAGGAUAAAUGCAUGUGUGGUUAAUGACCGUGGUUCAUUGGUUUCUGAGACUCGCUCAAACGUUCAAGGAAAAGAGAGUUACUCAUCAAAGUCUUCUUGGCCACACUCUUCAGCUUGUGAUGGUCGGAGGUCAUCCCAAGAAAGUGAUUUUCAACCUAAAACUGUUAAUGAUUUAGAUUCACAGUGCUCUUGGAAGAGAAUUGCAUCCAUUAAUAUACCAAAAGACCGAGUUUGCACUGUUGAAGACUUGCAGCUGCAUUUGGGUGAGUGGUACUACCUUGAUGGUACAGGGCAUGAACGAGGGCCUAGCUCAUUUUCAGAGCUGCAGCUUUUGGUUGAUCAAUGUGCCAUUCAAAAACAUAUCAGUGUUUUCAGGAAAUUUGAUAAAGUUUGGGUUCCAAUUACCUCUGCUGCAGGGAACUCUGAACCUGCUACUAGGAUUAAGCAGGAGAAUGUAACUCCAUCAAUUCUUUCUUUAGGACUUCCUCUUCCACAAUCUCAGGGUGUACCACUUCAUGAAAUUGAAAGUAAUGUGAAUUCCAGUUCCUUCCACUGUAUGCAUCCGCAUUACAUUGGUUACGCCUGUGGGAAGCUACAUGAAUUGGUAAUGAAAUCCUACAGGAGCCGUGAGUUUGCAGCGGCCAUAAAUGAGGUUUUAGAUCCAUGGAUUAGUGCAAAGCAACCAAAGAAAGAGACAGAGAAGCAUAUAUAUCGGAUUUCAGAGGGUGAUCCACUUGCUGGGAAGAGAGCUCGGCUAUGUGUAGAAAGUGAAGAAGAUGACGAAAUGGAAGAACAUAUGCUGACAAUUCAAGAUGAGUCCAGCUUUGAGGAUUUAUGUGUUGAUGCUUCUUUCCACAGAGAAGAGAGUGCAGGUUCUGAAACUGAGUCUGGUAGCUGGGGUUUAUUGGAUGGUCAUAUGCUGGCACGUGUUUUUCACUUUUUGAGAUCCGACAUGAAGUCCCUUACUUUUGCUUCUUUAACUUGUAAACAUUGGAGAGCUGCUGUCAGGUUCUAUAAGGAUAUUUCUAGGCAAGUUGACUUGUCAUCUGUAGGUCCUAAUUGCACUGAUUCUGCAGCCUGGAAUAUCUUGAAUGGUUAUAACAAAGAAAAGUUAAAUUCUAUGGUUCUAGUUGGUUGCACAAACAUUAGUUCUGGCAUGCUUGAAGAGGUUCUUCGCUCAUUACCUUGUUUAUCUUUUAUAGAUAUUAGAGGUUGUAGUCAGUUUGGGGAAUUGGCCCACAAAUUUCCAAAUAUGAAUUGGCUCAAGAGUCAAAGUUCUCAUUGUACACAUUCCAGAAUAAGGAGUCUCAAACAGAUUACAGACAAGAACUCGUCACUUUCUAAAACUAAGGGUCUGGGUGGUGAUAUGGAUGAUUUUGGUGAACUAAAAGAUUAUUUUGAGAGUGUGGAUAAGAGAGACUCAGCAAAUCAAUUAUUCCGUCGAAGUUUGUACCAGCGAUUGAAAGUUUUUGAUGCUAGGAAGUCAUCAUCCAUUGUAUCUAGGGAUGCUCGUACGAGGAGGUGGGCCAUCAAGAAAUCUGAAAAUAGAUAUAAGAGGACGGAGGAAUUCCUUGCUUUGAGUUUGAAGGACAUCAUGAAGGAGAAUACCUUUGAUUUCUUUGUGCCCAAGGUUGCAGAAAUCGAAGAAAAAAUGAAAAAUGGAUAUUAUAAUGGCCACAGUUUGAGCUCUGUUAAGGAUGAUAUCAGUCAAAUGUGCAGGGAUGCAAUAAAAGCAAAAAAUCAUGGUGGUGCUAGGGACAUGAAUCAUAUUAUCACACUGUUCAUCCAGCUUGCCACACAUUUGGAACAGGGUGCUAAGUCUUCUUCCCAUGAUAGGGAGGAGAUGAUGAAGUUUUGGAAAGAUGAGUCACAUGCAGGGUUCUCAUCUGCUUCCUCAGAGUAUAAAAAGAAGCUCAGUAAAUCUGAAAGGAAGUAUGUGAAUAAGAGUAAUGGUUCUUACUUUGCAAAUAGAUAUUUUGAUUAUGGAGAAUAUGCAUCUGAUCGGGAAAUCAGAAAGCGUUUGUCCAAGUUGAAUCGAAAAUCCUUGGACUCAGGUAGUGAAACUUCUGAUGACCUUGAUAGAUCUUCUGAGGAUGGCAAAGGUGACAUUGAGAGUACAGUGUCAGAUACGGAUAGUGACUUAGAUUACAGGUCAGAUGGCCAACCUGGGGAGUCUAGAGGAGAUGGAUAUUUUACAGCAGACGAGGGUUUAUAUUCUGUUUCUGAUGAUCGUGAAUGGGGUGCUCGCAUGACCAAAGCUAGCGUGGUUCCUCCUGUUACCAGGAAAUAUGAGGUCAUUGAUCAGUAUGUUAUUGUAGCUGAUGAGGAAGAUGUGAGGCGGAAGAUGAGGGUUUCUUUGCCAGAGGACUAUGUUGAGAAGCUUAAUGCACAGAAAAAUGGCAGUGAGGAGUUGGACAUGGAACUCCCUGAAGUCAAGGACUAUAAACCAAGAAAACAGCUUGGAGAUCAGGUUUUAGAACAGGAAGUAUAUGGAAUCGAUCCAUAUACUCAUAAUCUUCUUCUUGAUUCUAUGCCUGAGGAAUUGGAUUGGUCUCUCCAGGAUAAGCACAUGUUUAUAGAAGAUGCGCUCCUUCGUACCCUGAAUAAGCAAGUUAGGCAUUUCACAGGCACUGGGAACACUCCAAUGAUGUAUCCUCUGCUGCAUGUUGUUGAAGAAAUUGAAAAAGUUGCUGAGGAGGACUGUGAUGUGCGAACAAUGAAAAUCUGUCAAGGUAUCCUGAAGGCCAUAGAUCGUCGUCCUGAUGACAAAUAUGUUGCUUAUCGAAAGGGUCUUGGUGUUGUUUGCAACAAAGAUGGUGGUUUUGGAGAAGAUGAUUUCGUUGUGGAAUUUCUUGGAGAGGUUUAUCCUGUAUGGAAAUGGUUUGAGAAGCAAGAUGGGAUACGAUCUUUGCAGAAAAACAGUACUGAUCCAGCUCCUGAAUUUUACAACAUUUAUCUUGAGAGGCCAAAGGGUGAUGGUGAUGGAUAUGAUUUAGUUGUGGUUGAUGCUAUGCAUAAGGCAAACUAUGCAAGCCGUAUAUGUCACUCGUGCCGACCUAAUUGUGAAGCAAAAGUUACUGCUGUGGAUGGUCAGUACCAGAUUGGAAUAUAUACCGUACGCGAAAUUCAAUAUGGUGAGGAGAUCACAUUCGAUUAUAAUUCCGUUACAGAGAGUAAGGAGGAAUAUGAAGCCUCUGUCUGUUUAUGCGGCAGUCAGGUUUGUCGGGGCAGCUACUUGAAUCUGACAGGCGAAGGGGCUUUUGAGAAGGUGCUCAAGGAGUUGCAUGGAUUGCUGGAUCGCCAUCAACUAAUGCUUGAAGCUUGUGAAUUGAAUACAGUAUCUGAAGAGGACUACCUUGACUUAGGGAGGGCAGGUUUAGGCAAUUGUUUGCUUGGCGGAUUACCAAGUUGGGUGGUUGCCUAUUCGGCUCGCCUUGUGAGAUUCAUAAAUCAUGAAAGAACGAAGCUUCCUGAGGAAAUUUUGAUGCAUAAUUUGGAAGAAAAAAGGAAAUACUUUUCAGAAAUAUGUCUUGAGGUUGAAAAGAGCGAUGCGGAGGUUCAGGCUGAAGGUGUCUACAACCAGAGACUUCAGAAUUUGGCUGUUACCCUUGACAAGGUGAGGUAUGCAAUGAGAUGUGUGUUUGGUGAUCCCAAGAAGGCUCCACCACCACUGGAGAAGCUUACACCUGAAGAAACUGUAUCCUUUCUGUGGAAAGGCGAGGGUUCGCUCGUUGAGGAACUUUUUGAAUGCAUGGCUCCUCAUGUGGAAGUAGACAUACUAAAUGAUCUCAAGUCCAAGAUUCGUGCACAUGAUCCAUCAGAUUCUGAUGAUAUUCAGAAAGAACUUCAGAAAUCUUUAUUAUGGUUAAGGGAUGAGAUCCGAAAUCUUCCGUGUACAUACAAGUGUCGGCAUGACGCUGCAGCUGACUUGAUCCAUAUUUAUGCUUACACAAAGUGCUUCUUUAGAGUUCGGGAAUACAAAGCUUUUACGUCACCACCAGUUUACAUUAGCCCUCUAGAUUUAGGCCCCAAGUAUACAGAUAAGUUGGGUACAGGUUUGCAAGAGUAUCGAAAGACAUAUGGAGGAAAUUAUUGUUUAGGGCAACUGAUAUUUUGGCAUAUCCAGACAAACACUGACCCAGAUAGUAGUCUGGCUAGAGCAAGUAGAGGUUGUUUGUCUCUACCUGACAUUGGUUCCUUUUAUGCCAAGAUUCAGAAGCCAUCACGGCAACGUGUUUAUGGUCCAAGGACCGUAAGGUUUUUGCUGUCAAGGAUGGAGAAGCAGCCUCAAAGACCGUGGCCCAAGGACCGUAUAUGGUCGUUCAAGAGCUCUCCGAAAGUAUAUGGGAGCCCAAUGCUAGAUAAGAUUUUGAACGGUUGUCCAUUGGACAAGGAGAUGAUUCAUUGGCUGAAGCACAGACCAGCCAUUUAUCAGGCCAUGUGGGAUCGGUGAGAGUUAUAGUUGGAUUAUUAGCCUAGAGCCUAACCCUCGCACCCUUGCAAAUGUUUUGGAAUGUAAUUUUCUUUUUUCAAUAGAUGUUAGCAGCUGCCCCUAUUUGGCGUGGGAGUUGGCUAAUCAUUCCAAAACAUCAGUGCAGGUGCUUGCGCACGCGCUGUUCUCUCAUUCUUCUGUACAGUUUUAUUAUCAUCUUUGUAUUUUGUAAUUCAUUAUCUGAUUAGGAGAGCAUUCCUUUUUU